UAAUGCAAAGAUAACCAUAAGAAUCUAGUCUAUAAUAACGUUUAGGGUUUGUGUAAUAGUACCAUAAGAAUCAUCCUAAUAUCACUGAAUUGAAACCUUUGAAGGAUUAUUAGACAUAAUAGAACUCAAAGUAUAGUGAUUAGUAAAAUACAAAUAGAAAACCAAAAGAACUAGAAGAAUAACCAAAGUUAUCAUUAAUGGAUAAUUUGAAUAGAAUCAAUAAUCUCUAUAAAGCAGUAUCUCAACCUCGAAUUGAUGCAAAAGAAAUCAAUCCACCUUAAUAUUUUUACAAUCAUAAAUAAGUAUGUUAGAAACCAGAACCAACUACUAAUAAGGCUAUAAAAGAGAAUCAAAUUAUUAAGACAUUUUUAAAUAAUAAUGAACUCUCAUUAAAAGAUUAUGAUUGGAAACCAACAAAAGGAAAUUCAAUAAAUACAAAAUCUACUACUCCAAAAGAUUUUAGUGUUAAAAGUCCAUUAAAUAAAGUUGCUAGAACAGAUUCUGUUUUAGGUAAUAAAAAAUCAAAUGAGCCAAGUGUAACAUUUUUAAAAGGACUUUAUUGAU